CGACCAAUAGGAAGGCAGGACGGGGAGUCCCUUCAAGGGGGGGAACAGCUGCGCAGAUGUGUGUGAAGGAGACAGCGCAGGAAUAGCUUCUCACGGCGAGUCACGAGCUGCCGAGGCACCGAAAACACGGAAGAUGUCCUUCGCCAAUGACAGACUGUACAACGGGUACAUGCGGAGGAAAAUGCCGACCAUUGUGACCCAGGUGAAAGUGAGAGAGAUAAUGAUCCAUCUGCCCUGCUUGACUCCUCACGACCGGGAAAACAUAGAGGCAAAAAGGGAAACCAAUGGGAACUUUGACAGCAUGGUGCUCCUUCUGGAUUGUCUGAAGAGGCGAGAAAACUGGCCGCAGCAGUUCAUCGACGCGCUGGAGGCGUGUGAGCACACAACUCUGGCGGCUGAUAUGAGAGCCGAGUACGACGCUCUGAGAGGCGUCAGCAAUUCCAGCUCCCCUCCGGCGACCGUCGUCAGGGCACACGUCCAUCCAGCACCAUCUGCCCGUCCUCCGUCCGUCCCAGAGGGCGGUGCAAACAGUCAGGCCGCCGCCGCUCCGCCAGCUGAAGAGUCGGCUCCUCCAGAGCCGGCCCCGCAGGCGCAGCUCCCCGAGGCUGUUCCUCCACCCGGGCCGCUCCCUGAGCCUCCGCAGGCGACUGAGGUCGAAGUGGCGGCUCGUCCCUCAACCCCUCCCACGUCCUUUGAGCCCGUGGCCGCUGAGGCGACUCCAGCGCAGGGGGAGGUUAACGCUCCCCAGGAACCGGAGGAAAACUCUGAAUCGGACAUCCAGGACGUCCCCGGGGACAACGGCGUGACCCCGGCUGGGGAGAGCGGGGAAAGCGGCGAGGUAUCGGCGGAUCGCGCGUCUGCGCCUCCACCGGGCCCGUGUGAAACAGACACGCCAUCGCACACGGAUCCUCUCCAGACGACCACGACCUCCGCACAGGUCGGGCCCCCGACGAGUCCCUCGUUGACCCAGAUGGACUCCGACGUCACGGACGGAUCCUCGUUCCUCACGAUGACCCCGGAGAGGCUUCCGGUCCAGGACACCGCGGCCCAAGUGGACCUAAAACCAGCGGUUGUCCUGCAGCCCGAAGAGAGCUUUCAACCUGCUGCCACACAGGUUGUUGAGACAGAAGUCGCGGCUCCAACCCCCCCGCUGCCGGGCGCCAAUGGGGCAGACGCCGUUCUCCGUGACGACUACGACGACAUGUGUCUGAGCAAGCCGGGCCAACUCGUCAGCGUCCACCCGGCAAACAACGGCCGCCCCACAGCCUCUGCACCCGUCCCCCCCGCGCAGCCGUACUCGGGCGACAGCGGGCGUCUGGAAAUCAGCGACGCCUCAACGGAGGUCUCCGACGCCGCCCCGCCUCCCGUGGCGGCGUGCCAGGAGAACGGCGUUCCGCUGAGCCGGAACGAACCGGAGGAAAACCACUACGAGGGUCGCAGCUCGGGGGUGAUGACGCACGUGGUGCACGUGUCCCAGGAGGCGUCCGUCCUCGACCUGGACGGCCAGAGCCCGGCGCCGGCUCGGAUCCCGAACGGCGAGGCGGCCGAGGAGGUCCCCUCUGCACCGCCCGCAGCACCACCUGCCUGCACCGCCGGGAACUCGCCCUCCGGCAAGGCCUGCGACCCCUCCGGGCCCGCUGGUAUUUCCCCGCCUUGGGAGACGGCUGCUCACGCGAAGUACAUUGCGGCAGCUGCAGGAGUUGGCGCCUGUGCACUGCUGUUGGCGUGGAGGUUUAAGAACUAAGGAGAUUUAAUACCCUUUUAAAGGAAGAUUAGGCUUUUUGAAAGAGAAACGUAAUGGUUAUAGUGCCUUUUUUAUUGCAUCACUGGAACGGUGGAGAAGCAGCUGUUUAAUAAGUACCGACAGUAGUAAUGGCUGAUCUGCAGACCUUUGAGCGUCACUAUGAAUGAAUUAAAAGGGUGAUUGUUUUUAAUGGUGGAUGAAACCGAACCUACCCGUCUUAUAUUAGGUAACUUCAUGGAUCUGGGGUUGAGAUCUCAGGUUCUUUAUGCAACUGGAUGCAAAUAGGUGGUCUGUAAAGAUACACUUAAGCUGUCUAUUAGUGAUAGAAUUGUUUGUCUAUUCACUUGUCUGAUGAGCACUUUCAAGAUAAGACUGUCAGCGGUCAUCCGGUAAAGAUUAGUCUACCAAGGACCGGAAUUUUAACCGGAUAUAAACUGUGGAAGAAAGAGUGUCAGCAUCACACUCUAAAACGAUGUAUUUAUUUGUACAUAUUUACACUAUAUAGGUAUUUUAACAUAGACUGAUGUCAAAAAACAUACCAAGGCUGUCAUGUCUCAAAGAAUCAGCCACCUAGGGUGCAUAAUUAACAUACUUUGCGUUUGUAUAUGAUCCAUAUGAUCUAACCUGUUUCUCCAAGUCGCUUUUAAACCAUAUACUUCCGUUUUAUUUCAAAGCUAGAGAGAGUGUUAAUCGUGAGAUGUCAUGUCAGUAGCUUCAUGUUUAACUGGGUUUUUAAAUGCUUAUUUUUGCGGAUAUGGCUUAUUUCCUCUGUUUGUGACGUAACCAAAAAUUGGAAAUGGGUAAAUCUUGCUGCACUUAGCGACAUAUUGGGUGCUCUAUGGCCAUCUUCUGGUGGGAAUUCUUUGGGAUUGCAUUUUAUGUCUCCAUUGGAUUUGUUCUCCAUUUUAAUAGAAGCCAGUUUGAGAAUUUGUGUUCUGUGAAAUGACAUUUUAUUGUAAAUAGCAUUGUCAGCAUAAAUAAAUAUUAUAAGGAACAAGGGCUUUUGAGCUGUAAACAUGCUUUGUGUAUUAAAUGUAUUCCUAUCAUGGAACAUAUUUGAAUCUUAAUCUAAGUUUAAUAUUCAUCAAACCUUCAGUCACUGUCCCAAGCUAUACAUUUGACAAACAUAUAAACAAUAAACUUGAUAUUUAAAAAGAA